UGUAAAAAAGCUCCAACUUUCUAGCGUUAAACCCUAGAUGAUUAAAAGGGAAUAAGGUGAAGGAACAAAAAGCCCUAAAUUAUUUGAUCAAUGUCUGACCCUCUCAAUUCUCACUGCUUCAAAAAGGGAACAGAGGUCGAGAUCAGCAGCAAUGACAAUGGCUUCCGAGGAGCAUGGUACGCCGGCACCGUUAUAAAAUCCAAGAACAGCAACAACAAACGCUUGAUACUGGUUGAAUAUAAGACGUUAAUGGCGGAUGAAUCUGGGACGAAGCCCCUUCGUGAAACCCUUGACGUUGUUCAAUUGAGGCCACUUCCACCUCGCGAGAAGCGCGACAUGAAUUUUAAGUUUAGCGAGGAGGUCGACGCCUACUACAACGAUGGAUGGUGGGAGGGAGUCGUCACCGGCGUCAAUCCAGGGGAUCGAUACUCGGUUUUCUUUAGAGCCACCAGAGAACAGUUGGAAUUCAGCCGGUCGGAGCUCAGGCUUCAUAGGGAAUGGGUCUAUGGUAAAUGGGUUCCACCACUCGAGGAACAGGAAGAAGAGGUGUCUAUCUCCAAAGAAUUGAAGCUUUGCAACAAAGAUAAAAUGACCAAAGGAUCACUGGUUGAAGUAUGCAGCGAUGAGGAUGGUUUUCAAGGUGCUUGGUUUGCCGCCACUGUCACUGAACAAUUACCUCACGAAAAAUUCUUGGUUGAGUAUAAAUCCAUAAGGAACGAUGAAGACACAGAGUUUUUGACUGAAGUUGUUGAUACCAACCACAUACGUCCUCAUCCUUCUGAUGAGGUCGUUGAUCGGUUCCAUCUACUUGAAGAAGUUGAUGCCUUGUACAAUGAUGGGUGGUGGGUGGGCGUGAUUUCUAAAGUUCUCAGCAGACAGAGAUACAAGGUCUACUUCCGCGGAACGAAUGAGGAGAUUGUGUUCAAGCAAUCUGAUUUGAGGCAGCAUUUGGAUUGGAUUUCCGGCAAAUGGGUAUCUUCUUCUUCGGUAUGUACCUCUAUGCGUAGGUAAGAAAAAUCGUUUAUGGUAGUGAGUAAUUAAUUAUCAAUUGGGAUGGUCGAUUGAAACUUGAAAUUUGUCGUGAUGGUGACGAAAUAUUCGUCUAGUUUACUUAGCGUUUUUAGUAGGUUCGUCGAUCGUUGGGAAUUAAUGAUUACCUUUUUUAUCAAAUGGCUGUUAAUGA